AUGAUCAUUUAUGGCGGUAGUUAAAACAUAAAUGGUAAAUCUGAACCAUUCAUUGCACUAUACACAUUUAAAAAUCCUAUUCAUAAACUUGGCUGGGCUAAUAGCUUCAAGUUGCAAUAUUAUGAUAGCUUGCUGGAGAAGUAAGUUACUACAAGAUAAUUAACAAGUGUCGAAUCAAUGGCUUCAAGACGACAGUUGAUUGUUUUGAGCGGUUCACAAUAAGCAUUUGUUAGUGUAUAGGAUUAGAACCUUGGUGUUCAACUCCUUAAAAUAAAUCUUGAGAAAUCUCUAUUAGAAUGGUAAUUUAAUUCUUAUUAAAACAGUUUAAGGCAAGCGAAAUUGAUUAGCAAGGGUUUAGCAUCUUCACUGUCUAUAGCAAAUGAUCUCUUUGUAUUUGGAAGCGAUUUUACAAGUUCUGAUUAGCGUAUUUUUUCAUUCUAGAUUGAGUUAAAUUAAAUGAAAUCUAUCUUUGGAAUAUCAGUUAAAAUGAGAGGCUUUUCUAAGACUCCUUAUAUCGGGUUAAGUAUUAUUGAUUCUCGCUCUAAAAUAGCAUUCACCUGUAUUGAGAUGAAUGAUGAUGUUUCUGGAAAUUUCAUACUUGGAUAUAUUAGCUUUCUUCUCAAUGAUAUAUAUGAAUCAGAGGGAUUUUCUUUUGCAUAAUAAGAAUGGAAUGUUAACAUAAUGGUAAAGCAUUUGAUAUUUUCUAAUAAAUUCUAAUUCGACUACCUUGUGGGUAAUAUCUUAUUUUAGUCACCAGAGGACAGACCUUAUCAAACAGGAUAGUUGAAUAUUUCAAUUACAACAAAUGGUUUGCUAGAUAAAUAUGACUGCUAUUUAAAUGAAACUUGCUAUAUUCUUUUAGGAAAUUUUACCCUGCCUAAUUGCACAGACGCCUCUAUAAUUAAUCUAACUAUAUUUCGAUAGUCAUAUACUGCUGCAAGCAUAUUUAUUAUGUUGGCUAAAAAGAAUAGUUCAAAUAAAGUUUUCAAGACUUAAUAUUAAGUUAAAGUUAAUGCUAAGGAGAAUCAGCAAAGUACAAUACACGAUAAAGAUUAUCAUUUUAACUUUGAUUGGGAGUUAGUGGUUAAAUUGCCAAGUUGGUUGAUAUUUAAUACUCCUCCAUACUUUCUAAAGAAUGUUGAAGAUGCCUUUGUUUUUUCGGAACUUCUUAAGCAUAAAACCAUUACUUGGAGAUAAUGGGUAAUACAACAUUACUCUAGUCCUAUUUGA